AGUGGGUAGUGAGGAGGCUCAGAGCGGAGCAGGAGCCCGGCAGGACGGAAGGGGAAGUGGGACUCUGUGAUGACAGGGCGACAUGUGGAAGACUGGCGGGCAGUGCAGAAGAACGCUGGGAGAAGUGGCCCACGCGGCCCCUCCCCCUGUUUGGGGUACCCAGACAGCCCGCGCCUCCCUCCCACGCAGGAGGCCGCGCUGAAGGCCUUGGGGACCGAAGGCCUCUUUCUCUUCUCCUCCUUGGAUGCUGACCGGGACAUGUACAUCAGCCCCGAGGAGUUCAAGCCCAUCGCCGAGAAGCUGACAGCCUCUGGUCUCACAGGGUCCACGCCUGUGGGCAGCUACGAGGAGGAGGAGGAGCUGCCCCCUGACCCCAGCGAGGAGACGCUCACCGUAGAAGCCCGAUUCCAGCCUCUGCUCCUGGAGUCCAUGACCAAGAGCAAAAACGGGUUCCUUGGGGUCUCCCGCCUGGCCCUCUCCGGCCUCCAAAACUGGACCACCGCAGCCUCACCCAGCGCGGUGUUCGCUGCCCGCCACUUCCGGCCCUUCCUCCCUCCUCGCGGCCAGGUGGAGCUGGGCCAGCCCUGGUGGAUCAUCCCCAGCGAGCUCAGCAUCUUCACUGGCUACUUGCCCAACAACCGCUUCUACCCGCCGCCACCCAAGGGCAAGGAGGUCAUCAUCCACCGACUCCUGAGUAUGUUCCACCCUCGGCCCUUCGUGAAGACGCGCUUUGCCCCUCAGGGGGCCGUCGCCUGCCUGACCGCCGUCAGCGACUUCUACUACACCGUGAUGUUCCGGAUCCAUGCGGAGUUCCAGCUCAGCGAGCCCCCCAACUUCCCCUUCUGGUUCUCGCCUGCCCAGUUCACAGGUCACAUCAUCCUCUCCAAAGAUGCCACCCACGUCCGUGACUUCCGGCUCUUCGUGCCCAACCACAGGUCUCUGAACGUGGACAUGGAGUGGCUGUACGGAGCCAGUGAGAGCAGCAACAUGGAGGUGGACAUCGGCUACGUGCCCCAGAUGGAGCUGGAGGCCACAGGCCCCUCCGUGCCCUCUGUGAUCCUGGAUGAGGAUGGCAACAUGAUCGACAGUCGUCUGCCCUCGGGGGAGCCCCUCCAGUUUGUGUUUGAAGAGAUCAAGUGGCAGCAGGAGCUGAGCUGGGAGGAGGCUGCCCGGCGCCUGGAGGUGGCCAUGUACCCUUUCAAGAAGGUCACUUACCUGCCGUUUACCGAGGCCUUUGACCAAGCCAAGGCCAAGAACAAGCUGGUGCACUCGAUCCUGCUGUGGGGCGCCCUGGACGACCAGUCCUGCUGAGGUUCAGGGCGAACUCUCCGGGAGACGGUCCUGGAAAGUUCGCCCAUCCUCGCCCUCCUCAAUGAGAGCUUCAUUAGCACUUGGUCCCUGGUGAAGGAGCUGGAAGACCUGCAGAACAACCAGGAGAACCCCGCCCACCAGGAGCUGGCUGGCCUGCACCUGGAGAAGUACAGCUUCCCCGUGGAGAUGAUGAUCUGCCUGCCCAACGGCACCGUGGUCCACCACAUCAACGCCAACUACUUCUUGGACAUCACCUCCAUGAAGCCCGAGGACGUCGAGAACAACGUCUUCAGCUUCUCGUCCACCUUUGAAGACCCGUCCACGGCCACCUACCUGCAGUUUCUGAAGGAGGGGCUUCAGCGUGGCUUGCCCCUCCUCCAGCCCUAGCGUGCCGCAGUGAGGAGCCGGUAGGGAGCUGGGAGAUGGACCGUCGCCCAGAGCCAGUGUCCACCACACAUUCAGACUCCAGAUCCCCACCGCCCCCGCCGUCUGGGGGGUCAUGGCCACCCUAGCUCUGCCACCACCCACCUUUUACCACCCACCUGGCUCCGGAAGCUGCCUAGGACCCCUCCCAAACAGGGCCUGGGUCAUCUCCCUGGACCUCACCCACUCAGGAGCAUAGUCCAGAUCCUUCCGCGGGGUGAACAGCAGGGAGAGAGGGUGCUCGGAAGGCACAGACACCCCUCUCUCUUUACUGCACUUCCCGAAGAAAACAUCAAGAAUCCCUGCCCUGAGGCAGGGGGCAGGGUCUCGGGAGGGGGCUGCCAGCAAACACUCCUAUUUAUCUGGAACCUUCUUCCCCGCUACAGCCCUGGCUGUUCUGCCUCAGUGGCGCCCCCCCGCAGGUCAGUCAGCAGAGAACCUUCCAGGGGCUGACCCUUCUGGGCAGAACCUUCCUUCAGGGGGUAUUGCACUACCCCAGGGGCUCCCCAAACCGCUCAACCCACCCAGUGACAGGGCCCCAGAAUCUGCGUCGGGACUGCUGGAGGCUGCUGUCUGUGGAGCUGUAUUGUACAGCAGGUUUCUGCUCUUAACAGAGUCCACUGAGGCACCCCAAGACCAAGAUACCCCACCACCUACCCCAGCUCAGACACACAGGAGAACUGCUGGAGCCAGGCCCCAUGACAGCUGCCUUUGACCUCAGCACCUGCCCAAGGUCACAGCCUCCCAGAGCCAGCACCAUCCUGGCCGCCAGGGCAGCCUAGACCAGCUCACUCACCCCUGGGCGGCUACUCGCUCUCCUUGGCCACCCUUGGGGCCUUGGUCCAUGUCCUAGGCCAAGGCCCGUGGUCAGUCUCUUUUUUUAUAUUGCAGAAAAGUUUUUAUGUGAACUUUCUUACAGUUUGUAGGUAUUUUUGAUAAUCCCAGUGCUGAGGAGAAAUAAGGGGACAUUGCUUCCCCCAGCAGCUGCCCUGUGAUGGCUGGAUCUGAAAUCCUAGAUGGGUCUAGCUUGAUGUCUUUGCAGUUGCACCUGCGGGAAGAAAUCACCCUCUCUUCUUUCUCCUCUUCUAGCUUUUUAAAAAGUCCUCACAGCAGUAGCGUUCCCCUGAUUCUCUCCUUGGCCCUCACUCAGGCCCACAAGGGCCAUCAGGCUCUCCUUAACAUCUUGAUGCCAGGCCUGCCCUCCUGCCCACUCUCCCAUACCCGCCCACCCUAUCCCCCAGAAGCUGAUUCUUGAACUGGAAACAGGGGGCAAGGUAGACAGACCCUCACAUUCCUGGCCUCCCGUGCUGGGAGCUCACAGCCGGUCUUGCUCUCCAUGUCAGGUAAAGCAACAGUAGCCACUGGCCAAGAGCCUGGCCAUCGAGGCCCUUUGUAAAAUGGCACAGUGGCUUCUUGUUUAAUCCUCACAACCCAGUUGUGAGGUGAGUAGUGAUGGUUCCUGUUUUGCGAGUGAAGAAGCUGAGCCUCAGGGAAGCAAAGUGACCUGCCCAUGGUCACUCGGUGGCAGCGCUGAGGCUCACCCCUGCUCUUGACGUUGAAGUGCUUGAUGUUGCACUGCACCCCAACCCUUCUUCCCUGUUGCCACUGAGAUGAAAAACCUUCAAGCCCGAAUGUCUCCUCCCCUGCAGCCUUCAGGUCAGGCGAGGCAGGAGCCAGCGUGCUCAGCGGCACGUCCAUGCCCCUUACCUACGCCUACCUGCAUAGGGCACCCAGGUGACCCGGUCUCCCCUCCCAGCAGGCCUUGCAUCAUCUUGGCCCUGUGGAAGCUGCUGUGUGGGGUUUCUGCAUCAUCUCAGACCUCUGCCUGACCCCUGUGCCUCCAGCUGUCCUUGUCACCCGUGUGCCACUUUCCUCCCACCCCCAACACGUUCUGUAAUAAAGUGGCACAGUAAGGGUGCCUUG